CGCGCGGCUGCUCUCUGCUCGUUUGCCGCGCCGCCGGGGCUGAGGGAAGGAGGGAGGGAGGGAGCGACUGGGCGGGCGCAGCUGAAGAGCACGAGCCAGCUAGGCGGGCUUCGGGCCGGAGGAGGAGCCGCCGGUUCUCUGAGGCGCUGGGUUAGGUCGCAGCGCCUCAGCCGCCUUCCCUCAGCGGGGCUUGAGGGAAGCCUGGGAGCUUCUUGGGUUUCCUCUCUCACGGAGGAAAAAGCACAAUAAUAAUGCCGCAAAACGUCUCCAAGGCGACUCACGCACACAUUUGCAAACAGCCAUCAAUAAAUCAAUGCCAGAUGUUUUAUCAAGUUCUGGAUAAUCUAGAUUAUCUAGUUUAUUAUCUAGUUCUGGAUUAUCUAGCAUCAGGGCAGCCACGCAGCUGUUAACAAUGAUGCGUUUGCUUUGUUGGAAAGUUAUAUUUCGGUUUAUUCGUCUUCGUUCUGCAUAAGUUAUGGAGAGCUACUGUGUGGAACAAUAAUUCGUAAUGAAAAUAAUAAAAGUAACCAUCAGGUAAAAAAAAAAAAAAAAAGCCCCCACGCACAUACAGAGAACAGCAAUGAUAAUCCAUAUUCCCUUAAAUGGCUAGGAGGUGAGAUGCAUAAUGACAGAGCACAGAAAGGGUUCACUACUGUACUGUGAUCUACACCAUACAUUUAAAGUACAUGGCUUCCCCCAAAGUAAUCCUGGGAGCUCUUGUUUGUUCAGGGUGCUGGUAAUUGUAGUUCUGUGAGGGGUAAACUCAAUUUCCCAGGAUUCUUUGGGGGAAGCCAGGUGUGGAUGUGGCAGGUGUUAAUGCCAGCAGCAGGCAGGCCUCACUAGGGAGAUCAUUCCGUUGAGUUUAUACAUCUCUCCUUAAUUUACAUUUAUUAAACUUUAUUAAACAAAGCUUUACUUCAAGGAGCUCAGGUCAGCAUAAGUGGUUCAUCUCCACCCUCCCUUUAUCCUCACAAGCCUGUAAGGUAGAAAUGGUCAGAGGCAACGAGUAGCUCAGAGGCACAGUCAGCUUCUGGCCAAGCCUGGCUUCAACCUGGGCUACCCUGGUCAUAGUACAACCCUCUUCGUGUUGCAGUUGUCUACACACUGCAUACCCUCCAACAUGCCACAGAGGGGGAAAAGGGGCACGCGUCUUUCGGGGCCUCGCUUUGACAUGAGUUAGGUGACUCACAUGGGAGCACAGCCCUCCAAAAUGUGUUUUGGGGGGAGGGGCUGCAGGAGUAGUAUGAACACAGUUACCUGGUAGUAAGUCACAAUAAAUUCAAUGGGGCUCAUUUCUGAAUAAAGACAGGUCUUGCUAUACAAACACAAUGCAUUCUUGGGAAGUCAGGCAAGCGUUUGCAUAACGAGUCAACACUUUCCAUUGAUUCCAAAAUGAUGGGCGAAACCAGGAAAACCCUCUGAAACUUUGCAAAAGGCAAACAAAUGCUCUCUUGUUUGUCCCAUCUCUCCCCAUCCAUCCCUCCCUCCUACCAUGUGAAUCAGCUGCAGUGGAACAGAAAAACACAAAAAAGUAAGGCUGCUUAUUUGUUUACAGUAAUGCAUGCAGAUCUGGCUGUUUGGAUAUCUGAAUCUGCGGUGUAUAUUUUUGUUUGGAUAAAAAUUCCUCAUGUUUGGAUCAGUGAAUUUUUGUAUAGUGAGUGUUUGGAUAGCAGGACUUGUGUGUGUGCAUUUAUAUAGGAUUGCAUUGUAAAUCACCUUUCCCAAUCUGGUACCCUCCAGAUGUUUUGAACAUCAUCAGCUCCAGUCAACAUAGCUGCCCAGUGAUGUCCCUGGGGCUGAUGAGAGUUGUAUUCUAAAACAUCUACAAAGCACCAGGUUGGCAAAAGUUCUAACCACUAUAUUACACCACACCAGCAGUCUUUCUGUCACACACUCUCAGGGAAGCUAACAGUAAAAACAUCACAAUAUUAACAAUAAUAAAAGUAUUGCCUUAAUUUAUGGUAGAUUUAUUAAUUACUUAGUUCAGAUCUCAUCUCUGCUAUGAACUCAGGUGAGCCACCUGCAAUCCAGGAGGGGUGUGUGUGUAUUGUGAGGAUCCCUGAGUGCAGGCCUUUUUCCAACUGGCUUAGGCAGGCAGGGCCCUGACUGACUCCAGCUACAAAAGCUGAGGCUGUUGAACAGACUCUUGGGCUGGAGCAUGGUUUAUGUUUUUGGUUGGGAGGGGGUUGCUGCUGUUGGUUUAUAGUAUUUUUAUAUAAGAUCUCAUGAUUUAUGUGGAAAUUGUUCAGUUUCGUGGUAUAUUUUUUAAUGUUUUAUUGUUUAUAUCUACUUUUAUUAUGUUGUAGUUAUGUGUUUUUUCAUAUUGUAAGUGUCUUGAACUGUGGAAACGUGGCAUACAGAUAAAGUUAUGUAUGUAUGUAUGUAUGUAUGUAUGUAUCUGGAGAAUGCAGGUGAAGGACUCUGAACCUUUAUAAAAAAAACUGAGGGACUGAGGGUGUGCAGGUGGGUAGAUCACAUUCUCUCUCUCUCUCUCUCUCUCUCUUUUCAAAAUCCAUUCCUGACACUUGAAAAUCCUCAGAAUGCUAGUUCAAAAGGAGAUUUAAGAUUCAAUUGCUUCUGUUGAGUGUGAAAUGCGGUUUUUAAAGCCCAACACAGUGCUAUCUAUGACAGAUUGCCAGUGUGAGAAGACUGAAAAAUGUUAUAACUCAUCUAUUCUCUCUAUCUCGCAGACUCGCCAGGCCAACUCUUGACAAACCCCUGCUAACACUUCCCAUCUGUGCCUAAGAAUGGGGCCCCUUUCCCCGCCCAUCAUCCUUACAUCCAGUGGAUGCUGCUGCUGCUCUCUCUCUCUCGCUUUUGUUAAUCCUCCCCCAAACCCGAAAAUAAACAUUUAAGGCAGUGCCAAGACCCCUUGUUUGUUUCAGUCAUAGCUGUGGAAUCCCUGGUAUGAGGCAAGGCAGAGGCUUCAGUGUAUGGAGGCAAACUGGAUUUAUGCUUUGCAUCUUUGGCCAUGAAGGCUGCGGCAGCCACUGUGUUCAUCCUCCUGACCGCUCUUGCUCUUAGGUCUACAGGUAAGAGUGGAGGCACUGAGGGAGAUGAAAAGCAGCCUCCACCCUGAACAAUGCUAAUUUGCUUUUAAGAGGCAAAUGCCAGCAAGCUCCUCUACCAUUACACUAGUCUUCUGCUUUAUUUUUAAUUUAAUUUUAAAAAUGUUAUGUCUUGUUAUUGGAAUGCUGUGCCAACCACCAGCACCGGUGCUCCUCUCGUUAUUUAUUAUUUGUUUGGUAGCAUUGGGUUGGGGAAGCCGUGUUGUUGGGAACAAAGCUAGAAAGAGAUGGGGGUUGGAGUCCAACAACAUCUGGAGGGAGACGGGUUCCCCAUCCUUAUUUUGCAGCAUCCCUCUCCCUUACAGGCAAUGCGUAUCACCUGACUUGUUUCAAAAUGUGGUACUCCUGCUUUGAGGUGGGGACUCCUGCUCAUUCUGCCAAGUGGGGCCUUGACUUCUUCCCCCAAAUCCUGUCCUGAUGGCUCUGCCAUUCAUCAAUGAUGUGCAGACUGCAUAGCAUGUUUUGUUUUUUUUUCAAGUAGGGACCAGCCGUGUCUGCUCCUCAACAUUCUUCAUUGCUUACGUUCAAGCUUCUCAGUUUCUACCCUAUGCAUAACAUUGCCUGCUCUUUCUGUUCCUGCAGGAAAGAAGUUCCGAUGGUGCACCCUUUCUGACCUGGAGCAGAGGAAGUGCUCAGAGCUAUCCAAAGUGCUUCUGGCAGUGUUGCCUCCUGCCACGGUCAACGCCUUUGCCAGGGUUUCCUGCAUCAGAGCUCACAACACUUAUGACUGCAUUGACAAGAUCAGAGUGAGUACCAAGAAAUUCCAGAGGUUAUCCAAAUCACGGAUCUCAUUCAUUUUUUUUACCUCCAUAGUCGGAGCAGGCAUCAAUGCUUUUGAAUACCUGGAAACCACAGGAGGGGAGAGUGCUGUUUCGCUCACGCCCUUAUUGUCAGCUUCCCUUUAGGACAUCUGAUCAGCCACUGUGAGAACAGAAUGGUGGGCUUGGUGGUUCUGAUGUCUUUUGGGCAUUUUGCUCUACAAAUCCCAUGAGGCCCAGCCAUCACGGCUGUAUGUUCCUGAGGCUUAUUGGAGUUGCAUUCCAAAGCAUCCUGAGGGCACCAGGUUGUUGAUGGUGGGAAUCAAGGGUAUGUGGGGGGGCGGGCUGCUGGGGUGAUUGCCCCGGGUGCAUUUUUCUGACAGGCGCAGUGUGCUGCUCACGCCCCCCCCCCCGAGCCAGCCCUGCGCCAGGAGGGCGCAACAGCCAUGUGCCCUUCGAUUCCAGACCCUCAAGGGUGAGGCUGUGAUUGAAGACAUCUAAAGGCAGCCCUGUUUAGGGAAGCUUUUAAUGUUUAAUAGGUUAUUGUAUUUUAGUGUUUUGUUGGAAGCCGCCCAGAGUGGCUGGGGAAACCCAGCCAGAUGGGUGGGGUAUAAAUAAUAAAUUAUGAUGAUGAUGAUGAUGAUGGGCACAUGGCGUCCUUCUAAUGCCACCUUCCCUGAGCCUUGCAAAGUGCUGCAGGGCCCUGUGCUUCACAAAGUGGCUCAGGGAUGGUAUUACUCUGGCAAUUUCAGUGGCGAGGGCUGAGCUGGUGCACAGCGGGCUCCAUUCGCUGCGCAUGCACCGGGCACCAUACAAUCACGCUCCACCGCUAGUGAGAAUGAAGAGUCGCACAUUAAUUGUGGGGUUAGCUGAGCACAGCAUCUGUUCAGGGUGGAAGCGGUGUUGCCCCAGGCAAAUAACUGCAAUUAUUGUGGCAGGUUUUCAUGCUUAAUAUGUGAGAGAUUACAGCCCAUUUAUUGCUACAUACGUACUUAUUAAAUCCUAACCAGAGGAAAUUCUGCCAUGACUAGAGGCAGGAUGUUAGCCAAUAAUCCCAGGAAGUGUUGGGAAAAGUCUGCCUGACUAGAAUAACUUGUACUGAAGAUAUUCAGAAGCUUGUUUUAAAUACUAUUUUCAUUCUUAAUUAGGUGAACAAAGCUGAUGCCGUCUCCUUGGAUGCUGGAGAUGUGUAUUCGGCUGUGAAGCUUUAUGGCUUGACUGUGGCGGCAAAGGAGAUCUAUAUGGAAGGUCAGUCAGUGACCAUACCCCCAGGGCUGGUGUCAGCACCCAGCAAAUUGACCAGAGCCUACAGAAAUGUAAAGAGCCUGCCCAGCCAAGCCUUGAGUCAGCACAAUCCCUGGUGUACCUAGGUUGGCAAUGGAGGUCAAGGGUCAUGGAAGUGUUCCAAGCAGUGUGCUCUGGAGGGAGGCCCGCUCCCUUGGCUCUGGGAUUUUAUUAUGGGAUAGAUGCUCCUCAGGGUCCUCAUGACAUCAUUGGCAUCAAAAUGUCUGUCCAUACCCUGCCCCCCAACUUAAUCUGGGAUCUAAUCCCAGUCAAUAAUUUACAAAACAAAACUGGUGCCAAUAGCCCAACUGUAAAUUAAACUGCCAUCUGGAAGUACUGUAAACAUUUAAUAGAACUGGCCCUGCUUUUUCCACACAAAGACAUUGCUUUGAUCUGUGAUAAACUGAGAGCAUAUCAACAUAACACAGACUUAACUGGCUCAACCAGGGUGCCAGCUUGAAUAAAAUAUGGGGAGGGAGGUAAGGCAAGCCCCACCCUGCGUAUUCGAUCACAUGAUGUGGUGAACACAAUCAUUUGAAUGGCAAUGCCCAUCAGCUUUGGGGUGGACAACCCCCUCAGAUGCUUUAUUGGUGGGGCAAAGCCCCGUCGGCCCCUAGGAGUUGGCUCCUCUGGGCUCAACCAUCAUUCCUUCUCCCUGGGAAAUCCUGAGAACACGAAGGAAGGCUUAGUGCAGUAUAGCCGUUUCCAACCUGGUGUCCUUCUGAUGUUGUGGACUACAGCUCCCAUCAGCUCCAGUCAGCACGUCUCUAUGAUGAAAGUUGUGAUCCAAAACAACUGGAGGGCAUGCAGUUGAGGAAGGCUGUUGUGUUCACACAGAGAUCUCUCAGUGUUCAUUAACAUGGUUCCUGUAUCUUCUGUACAGUGGUGCCCUGCAAGACGAAUGCCUCGCAAGACGAAAAACCCGCUAGACGAAAGGGUUUUCCAUUUUUCGAUGCGCUUCGCAGGACGAAUUUCCCUAUGGGCUUGCUUCGCAAGACGAAAAUGUCUUGCGAGUCUUGAGAUUUUUUCCCCCCCCCCUUUUCUAAGCCGCUAAGCCGCUAAUAGCCUUUUAGCCGCUAAGCCGCUAAGCCUUUAAUAGCCGCUAAACCGCUAAUAGCGCUAAUCCGCUAAGCCGCUAAUAGGGUUGCUUCGCAAGACGAAAAAACCGCUAGACGAAGAGACUCGCGGAACGGAUUAAUUUCGUCUUGCGAGGCACCACUGUACUUUUUUUAUCACUAGGUAACUGUGUGUUUGCUGUAGCCGUGGCCAGACGAGGAACGCUGGAUAUCCAAAGGCUAAAAGGGAGCCGCAGUUGCCACAAUGGAGCCAGGUGGACCUCUGGUUGGAACAUCCCUUUGGGCUUCCUUCUGGUUAGGAAUGAGCUCGUAUGGGAUGAAGACCAGCCCCUCAGCCACAGUGAGUGCACAGUGAAAGAUCAGAUGCUUAGCCUUGUAUCAGUGGUCUGCAACCAUGGGAAUUUGAGGGGAAGGACAAUGUGCACAGCACCUACCAUAGGUCCCAAGUCCUUCUAAUUAUUUUGGGACCACUUCUGCCACAUGAUGUCCUCUUUAGUCCCCCUAGUUUGAGCAGGAGAAAUGCCAGAGCAUGUUACUGAAACCAAAAGAGCACCAAACUGCUUAACUGUUUUAAGGCUGGACGAUACCCAGGAUGUUACGUGUCAAAGAAAAGCAAAGCGCACCUGAGAGCUGAUCAUGACAUGCACAAAGUGUCCUCACAAUGUAUUCUCAUACCCUUCUGUGCCCACAAGACAUAAACACGUGAUGAGAUCCUGAGACAGGUUCUCAGAUCCUGUUUGGCCAGAGCUUUUUUUCAGGGAGAGCUGCAAACCAAUUUGACAACACCCAAAGGAAGCACCUGUUGUCAUUGCGUUGCCUGGUAAAGUGCUCCCUUCCUGUUUUUGUUUUUUGAUCCAGAUCAUUAUGAGGCAUCUUUAAUUUCAAAAGGAUUAAGUCUGUCAACCAAUUCAAGAAAUUUAGUUGGCUCAUUAUCUUGUCUUUUACCAGUUAAGUUUCAAUAAACCCACAUUUUACCAAAACUUCAAUAUAGGAAAAGAAAGUGCAAUAUAAUUUACAGUUAAUUAAAAAUUAAUGAUUAAGCAGAAGCUACCAUUCAUUGUUAGCUGCAAACAUAUUACUGAUUAAUUUCUUUUUCAUUCCCCGCUGCAGAAAGAGACCAGACCCCAAAGUAGCCUAAGUGAAACAAGCACCUACAUUCUUAACUUGCAGCCCAGGUGAUGAACUAUCACCUUGCCAAUGAGACAUUAAACUCCUAAUUGUAAUUUAAAAAAUAGAUGAAGACUGGGGUCUGACUCUUGAAAAUGUUUGGUUACAGCAUUAACAUACAGUAUCAUGUCUGCUCAAAAGUUUGCCCCAUUGAGUUCAAUGGAAUGUCUUCAAAGGUUAUAGAUUUGUUUUAUAUGGAUAUAGAUAUGGUUAUAGAUUUGCAACCUCAGGCUGCAGUCCUGUACCUAGAAUGAAGUCCCAAUGAACUCAGAGGGGUCUACUUCUAAGUAGCCAUACUUAGGAAUACAACAUAGUGGGUACAUUUCUGUGCGUGCUUAUCUGAGGAUAGGGCUACAUUCUGCCUCUGUUGCUGGAGGCAGUAUGCCUUUGAAUUUGCUGGGAAUCACAAGUGGGGAGAGAGCACUGCUGUUGCACCCAGGUUCUGCUUGUGAGCCAGAGGCACCUGGCUGGCUAUUUGGGAACAGAAUGUUGGAGUAGAUGGGACUCCUUGGGUCUGACCGAGAUGGGCUCUUCUUACAUUCUGAUCAUGCAGAGGUUGAGUCGAGAAUCUGUGUUAUUUUAGCAGUGCGUUUCCAUGAGAAUGUCUCCCCUUCUCAUUUCUCCAGUCGUCGGUGGUUAUUUCAAUGCCAGCUGCAUCCCCGGCAUCGGAGUCGCCUCUCCGCAGCUCUGCUCCCUUUGCCAAGGACAGAAAUCCUACAUCCAGGACAAGAACCACUUCUGUGAGACCAGCGGUGGCGAACCCUUCUCUGGUUCAGAUGGGGCCUUCAGGUGGCCUUGCACUUGUGCUUGAAGUGCAGGUGGGUGGGGCUGGAGCAGGUACUGCAUGGUCUCCUAUGCUAACGCCACUUCAAUCUGUGUGCAGGUGCUUGAAGAAUGGGGUGGCAGAUGUUGCUUUCCUGGAUCACCUGGCCAUCAUGAAUUCCACAGGUAAACUUCUUGCUCAGGGACUCGCAUCUUAACAUAUGCCCUGGAGUCGUACAGCAGCCCGAUGUUAAAUUCUCUCACUCCAGCUUCUCUCGAUGCCAGUCUUUUUUCCCUCCUCCCCUUGUUCAGAGUCAGAACAAGAAGAAUAUGAGUUGCUGUGUCCUGACGGGUCCACAGCUCCCAUGACUGCUUACGCUGCCUGCAAUCUGGGCCAAGGGCCAGGACGGGCCAUUGUCACGCGCCACAACUUCAAGAAGAUCGCCAAGAAGUUUCUGACUGUCAUUCAGGUAUUUCUUAGCCAACACAAGGAGGGGUACAGUAGGGCUCAUGCCCGAGGCCUAGUUGACACAAAGAGCUACUGAGAGAGCCAAAAGGACAAUUCCAUUUAAAAAAAAUUAAGUGUUUGGCAGACAACGAAAUCUGGCUGUUUUGAAUGUUGAAACUGAGUGCUCUAGUUUUUGUGCUCCUAAAAACAAUGUGCCAUGCUGGCUGGGGCUGAUGGGAGUUGUGGUACAAAACAUCUGGGGGGGCCAGGCUGGUGAAAGCUCUCACCGAUUGAAUGGCUUGUGGGAGGUGCCAAGCCAGUUUUGUAGGGUGUUGCAAUCAUGUCCACACUCUCUCUUUCCCUUGGGGAUAUGUGGCCUCUUUUUUUUCUUCUUUUUUUUUUGGGUGCAAUUAUUCUGCUGCUGGCUCACUAUAUUAUCAGUUAAAUAAUAACUAGAAAAGAGAUGCUGAAGUUAUAUCAGCAUUUGGAAGAAAAUAGCAAAGAAGUAUGUUUCUGGGUGAGUCAUGGCAGAUAAUUUUUUUAAAAACCCAAUACUGGUGUCACUGCUACUUACCAGGAUGGCACUGACAUGAUAAGGAGGGUGUGGGUCUCUAUAUGGGUGCACCAGGAGCAGCACUGGUUUGGCAGCAGCAGUCCCACUGGUGCAGCUGCAUGGCCCUGACCUUGCUGUGACCUUGCUGAAAUCCCAUCCCAUCCAGAGAGGCGGCGGUGAUGCUGGUGUUGGGAAGAUAGCUUUGCCCCAUCAUAUGUGCCAGUACUGCCUCCAGAUGUUGUUGCGAUCCACCUCUCAUCCGCUGUAGCCAGCAUAGCCAGUCAUCCGGAAUGAUGGGCAUUGCAGUCCAACCAUACCUGGAAGUUGCCAUGUUGGCUGUCCCAGUGGCUUAUUUCAUCGUAUAGCCACCUCUGCUGGGUAGCCCAAGGCUAGCUGAAACUUGUUCUUGUCCUUAGCACCUCUUUGGAAAGAAGGGAAGAGAGAAGGCCAGAUUCGAGCUUUUUGCCUCUGCGCCAUUCAGAGGGAAGAACCUGCUCUUCCACGAUGCAACGCACCGCUUCCAGCUUGUUGACGAGGAGGCUGAAAUCAGCCACGUUCUUGGCCUGGAUUAUGUUGCUCUGUUGCAGGGCUUGGGCCAUGAAGGUGAGAGAGUGCCUCCCUCCCUCAUGAAGUCAUGGGGAGUCCCGAAAGAUCCUAUAUAGGAUCAAAAGAGCCCUGAAGAUUCUAUAUAGCACUAGGAGCGUAGCUGGAGGUCAUCCCUUGAGGUAUGAGCUCCAGAUCAAUUUCUAGGAGUUCCAGGUGUUUCUGGAUGCUUAAUUGAAUUGAGAGGCAGAACUGGGCUGGAUGCUGACUUAGGAGUAUAAAUUAAUUCAAUGUGAUCUCAUCUAGAGAUGCUUUGGAGGGCAAUGAAUAAGAACAUAAGGACAGCCCUGCUGGAUCAGGCCAAUUGAGGCACAGAUAGCCCAGCAUCCUGUCCUUGCAGUGGCCACUCAGCUGCCCCAAAGGGAAGCCCAAAAGCCAAACCUGAGUGCAACAGCAGUGCUCCUCCACUUGCAGUUCCCAACCACUGGGCACUAUUCAGGGGCACACUGCCUACGAAUUUUGGUAAAGGAAGGGAAACUGAACUGAUUUGGGGUGCAAAUCAACUAAAGUAUAUAUCUGGGGUGAUCUAGAUGGAAAACCACCUGGUUCACCUUCUAAAGUUGCUUCUAUAAUAUAAAUUAGCAUAUGCAGAUUUUACGCAAAUAUGUAUCUGUCUGUAAGCCUACACCUCAGAUCUUUGAAGUACAGUGGUACCUCGCAAGACGAAUGCCUCGCAAGACGAAAAACGCGCAAGACAAAAGAGUUUUCCGUUUUUUGAGUCGUUCCGCAAGACGAAUUUCCCUAUGGGCUUGCUUCGCAAGACGAAACGUCUUGCGAGCUCUUGCGAGUUUGUUUCCUUUUUCUUAAAGCCGCUAAGCCGUUAAGCCGUUAAUAGCUGCUAAGCCGCUAAGCUGCUAAUAGCCGUGCUUCGCAAGACGAAAAAACCGCAAGACGAAGAGACUCGCGGAACGGAUUAAUUUCGUCUUGCGAGGCACCACUGUACUAUCAGCUCGGUUACUAGGUAAUGCAAUUUGUCCUCCUUCCUAUGACAAUACCUUCUCCUGCUGCCUCAGGGAGCUCCCUGGCCAACAGCCUGGUCCGCUGGUGUUGUAUCAGCAACGCUGAACUCCGCAAAUGUGAGGAGUGGGCUCUGAAUGUCAGGUCACACCCGCUGGUCUGUGUCCAAGCAAACUCUAUGGCCAACUGCAUUGAGCUGAUCAAGGUGAGUUGCACACAGUCUGGGAAGCAAAACCGGCAGCGUUUUCUUUUUACAUAAGCAAAAGAUACAAAUAAAUCACCCCAUCUCAAUAAGGCCCAGAUUGACUGGGACAACACAGCCAGAUGGGCGGGGUAUAAAUAAUAAAACUAAUAUUAUCUCCGGUUCCACCUGGUUCCCAGCCCAGACAGACGAUGGCUGGGAAAAGGCCUUGAUUCUGGCAAGACUCCAUGGCUUGCAGGGAAGGGGUGGCUUUCUUUAACAUGCCAAUGUCAGACUGUCAACUGUGCACUUUUUCACGGGGCAGAACAAUGAGGCAGACGCCGUUACACUGGACGCCACACAUGCCUACUUUGCAGGGAGAUGCGCACUUGUUCCUGUGGCUGCAGAAUGUUAUGGUGAGCUGCCUCUUUUUUAAAAAACACACACCAAACUAACACAUUUUAAUUGGUUUUUCACUAGAGUGGCAAGAAAAGUAAAACAUAAAAAAUACCUCUAAGCAUGCAGGGGGAAUAUUCUGCAAGCUGCUGCAGAUAACCCUAAAUGUCAGUGGUGUGUAAAAUGCCUAAUCUGGUGCAUGGCAGAGGUGAUGUGAUGUGUGUGUGCGCAUCUGUUAUGGUAUGAUAUUUCUUGCUCAUAGCCAUAGGGCCAUUGCAAACAAUAAACAUAAAAUGUCUUGUUGCCAAAAAUACAAGCAGAUGUACUUAGUAUUAAGAUAAAAUGAAAGUUAAACUAAAUCCUUAAAACAUCCUGGAAUGACACUUAACUUUAAAACACUCAAAUGAAUGAAUCGCCUUUACAGCCUUUACUGCCAUCCAAUUCAGAGUUCUCACUCCAAUGGCUUUGGUUUUCAGUUCAGCAAAGCUUGCAACCCAGAAGAAUUAAAAGAGCACUUUGCUGACUCGUGCAUUGAAGUGCAUCACUCUGUGACUUGGCACUUGAUGACUGGUAGAUGAAUAGUACAGGCAGUAUUGUGCUGCUGUUUUCUUACACUGACAGGUGAUAUUGCAGUGCUCACAGUGGUGUUCACUCUGUGACUGAUCAUUUACAAGGCAACAGCUGAUGCUGCAAUCAUCGAAUAAUGAACAGGCAUGUACGAAGAAUGCGCCUGUGGUCUUUUUCUGUGCCCCGUCUUCUUGGUGCAAGUUCCUCAGUGCCACAGUGAAUUUGUAAUGGAGCAAAUGGAUAUUGCAAGGUGGCCUGAAGGUUCACUUCUGGGGCCAGAGUGUUCACGUGGCAUUCCCGACAUGGGUAUCUCAGCUAGAGCAUCCUGGGAUUCUGGUUUCCAGAGGAAUUCUCCCUCAGAGAAAAAAACUGAUAGCUCCUGUGCCUGAUAUAAAGGCACUUUCCUAAAGGAGACAUGAAUUGAUCUAAUUCCAAAACUGACAACCUUCAGAUGUUUUGGACUACAAUUCCCAUCAUCCCCAGCCAUUGACACUGCUGGCUGGGGCUGAUGUGAGCUGUAGCCCAAAAUAUGGGGGGGAAGGUCAGGUUGGAAAAGAUCCAUGUUUAGUAUUGAGCACCUACCAAGUGGUGUAAGGCAUGAGUCUUCUGUUCAGACGUCACUUCCUUAUGCCUUUUUGUGUAUAGGAGAAGAAUGCACUUCAGCUCAGGAAGAAGAGGAAAAUGAGAAGCUGGCCCACCUUACAGGUAAAGGGAAGUGUCUGUAAUCAUAGAAUUGUGGAUGGGAUCCCGAGGGUCAUCUAAUCCAACCCUCUGCAAUGCAGGAAUCUAGACUAGAUCUUACAUGACAGAUGGCCUUCCAAACGCUGUUUAAAAACCUCCAAGGAAGGAGAACCCACCACCUUUCGUGCAACGCAAAUUGCAUCUACUAGACCCCUCCCUUUUUAAAGUUGCUUCUGGGGCCCCUCCAGGAUUAGGGGCCCCAGAAGUUUAAGCUUCCUUUGUUUCAUAGUAGAUCUGCUCCUGCUGCCAUGUUCUAAUGCCUCCCCGUUGCCACACAGCUCUUCCUCCAAUUUAUGCAGUGGCCCUUGUCAAGAAGAACGCCAAGCAUGUGAACAUCUACAAUCUGGGGAGGAGGCGCUCCUGCCACAGCCAUGUGUACAGCCCAGGAGGGUGGCUCCUCCUUGCCCAGUACACGGUGGGGGCUCAGGAGAAUGGCACUGCCAGCUGCAACCUCAGCUCUGGUGAGAAUUACAGCAGAAUCUCCAAAACAAAUGGGGACAACUUGAUUCGAGAGGAAAGGUGGGAGUGGGUGUGUCGGGGGUGGUGUUGCUAGAUCAGGCUUCCUCAACCUUGGCCCUCCAGACUACAAUUCCCAUCAUCCCCGACCAUUGGUCCUGCUAGCUAGGGAUCAUGGGAGUUGUAGGCCAAAAACAUCUGGAGGACCGAGGUUGAGGAAGCCUGUCCUAGAUCUUUAUUGAAUCAGGAUAAAAGCCUAGGCCACUUCCCUUUCUAUGUUCCAUUUAAGCCUCCUACUUAUUCUAGCCAACACAAUCCCUUCUAGAUGCUGUUGGAUUACAACUCCCAUCAGUCACAGCAGGCAGCAUGGUCAGUGAUGAUGGGAAUUGUAGUCCAGCAUCAUCUGGAAGGCAACACAUUAGCUACGUCUGGUUUAAACAUGUGCAGCAGGAAAUGGAGCCUACUUUACUGAAUAUUUCAAAUGAGUGCAUGACCUGCUACAGUGUGGGCUGGGGAAAAACGUGGUCCUGAGGAUUCUGUUAGAUUUUCAUCAGCCACAUGGCCAACCAUCAGAGAGGAUGGGAGGUGUGAUCCAGCAGCAUCUGAAAGUCCAUAGGUUCCCCAUCCCUGUGCUGCUGUGGCCGUGGAAAUUAAAAUAAGCUGCACAUGAAUGCCUCUCUCUAUCUGGGGCCUGAAUGCUGGUGGGAAUUGAUACUGCUGAAGUAUGAAAAUACUGGGCUUGUGGUACAAAUUUAUCCAGCUUGCGAUGCACAAAUGCAUUUUGAGAUAAGCUUACUGUCCCCAGAAAAAAAGGAUUUUAAUGUGUAAAUUAAAUCAAGUUGACGUGUGCGGCAAGUUAUGCAUGUGUACAAACUGCAUUGCACAGACAAGGUAUACAAAGAGGACUCUCUCAUUGGCUGCUUUUCACUGCUGCAACAGACACAAACUUUUUUUAUGGCUGAUUUGCAGAACAAUACCUUGGUUUGGAAGUUCUGAUUUAGACAAUCAGUUCAGCCAAAAUGUUCAAGUUAACAAAACUCAUAUGCACCGAAAGAGCAGGGGAAGCAUCACACAAGCGUUUAGAAAAGCAAAUGAUACCUGGCUGCUGAAAGAGAAAUACUGUAAACAUAAACAACCAACUGUUUAGUUUUGCUUUUAAAAGUUUUCUGCACAAGCAACAGCAAGCUGAGUAAAAUUGGUUAUCCUGUUCCUUAGUUUUCUUCGGUCAUCAGGGAAUAAUUUCCUCCACUGCUUUUAACCACUGUUCCACUGCGAGUUUAACUACUGGCCCUUCUCUCCCCACUGAAAGCUUACGAGGAUUACUUCUGGAAGGGGUGCAUGCCAGGAGGUGGUGGGAACCUUUGCAAAGUCUGCAUUGGGCAAAAGGAGGCGGAGGGAGGAAGGGGUUCAUCCAGGUGUGCAGCCAAUCACAACGAACUCUACUAUGGAAACCUGGGUGCCCUCAGGUGCGUCGAAGGAUAUUGCUUAAAAAUGACUGCUGUAUACAUUAUAAGGUUAAUAUAACUGAUUUGUAGAAAAGACUCUGCUAUCUGAAAAAAGAGACAAAGGAUUUUGUAACCAAAGAAAAUAUUUAAUAAAAAUUAUAUUUUAAAAAACCAAUGACUGACUGCUGCCAAACUCUAAAUUCCUUGGUGGCAAUGAUUACCGUACAUGCCAAGUUAAAUAGUGGGUUUUAUCAGACUACUAAGUCAUGCUCGGAGGAGGAAUGGAGAAAUCUGUAAAUUUUGGCUUCUCUCAGUUUCUCAUUUUUCCUCAAUCUUAAAUUCAGUUUGUCGCUUUCCUCACCAGUCUGUGAUUUAUUUAUUUUCAAGUCCUCAUGAAAAUCAAUCAGCAUUUUAGUGCUAUUUUCUCCUAAUAGACACAUAUUUGUAUGUUGCAGGUUUGCCUAAUACAUACAUUUUGCAAGCAGUAUUACAUAAUGUAAUGCAUUUGUAUAGGUUAUUUUCAUUAAUAUAUACACUUAUGGACACACUUUAUAUUUGGAGAAGUGCAAAUUUCUAAGAAUAGCUACGCUUUGGUUCAUGUAUCAUCUUUGGAAGUGAGAAUCAGGCAGAUUAGUAUCAAAAUGCAAACUGAGCCAAAUUUCUCCACGACCCCUCACUCAUAAGGGGCGCACCCAUGUAAACAACACUGUAAAUGCAGCUUGCAACACAAAGGGGGUAUGUGUGUGAUCUCACUGUUUUAAGCCAUUCACAUGACGUAACUUUUGCUGGAUUUGGACCACUCUUCCUUCUUCCAGAUGCCUCUUUGGUGAUCCCAGUGGAAGAAGUUUUGGUGAUGUGGCUUUUUUAGAACACCAUAACCUGCUCCAGAAUAUUCAGUGUAAGAUGAUUCUUUCAAUCUUUUAAGAUUCCAGUAAGGUGCCAAAGUGAAUUUUCAAUUUAACUUCCCUCCAGAUGUUAUCACCAGUUAAAUAGCCUAUCUAAUCUAACGUCGUAAGGGAGAACUAGUACUACUGUACUUUUGUUUCUGAGAGUAUCGGAACUCUUGGAACAUAACACCUGCGUAAAAAACAAAUGUACUGUAUUCUUUUGUUCUAUUAAUUCUUAAGAUAUCAUAAGAGAUCUUAAAAAUGAUCAAUAGUUCAAUGACAGAUAUCUGGAUCUUAUUUACAAAGCAAAUAGAUCUCAUGAAGAACUGCUUUGUUUUUGCUCCUUCGCAGACCUGGAUAGCUCAGGCUGGGCAAAAGGAUGUUCUCCAAGUGACCUUGAACUCCUGUGCCUCGACGGCAGCCGCGCAAAUGUGACAGAGUGGAAAGUCUGCAACCUGGGCCUUGUCCCUCCCAAUAUAGUUGUGACACGCCCCGUAACUGUAGCAAAGGUCUAUGACUUCCUGGUGAAGUCACAGGUCAGUUUGAAUGUGUCGGACUGAACGAUAAGAGCUUAAACAUUAUUUGUGAGAGCUUCCAGCCGUGGAUGGUUUAAGUAACACCCAGUUAUUGCUGUUUGGCUUUAAGCAAGUGGAAAAGCAACUCUGCAUCCAAAGAAUAUUCUGUUGCCUCCUUUGGUGGUGUGAUUUUAAUUGGGAACAUGAUCUGGGGGAUGGGGGGGGAAUUGCAUGCCCACCCGCCACUGCUGGACAUCCAAUUACAGUUGCUGCCCCUUGAGGAAAAUAAAGGCCAUGCUUUUGGAAAACAAGGAGUCAAAAUGAUAGAGAUGAUUCCUAGCAGACAGACUACAGAGAGGGAAAUGGGUGAAGCAAUCUAUACAGUCCAUAACCAGACAGAAAAGAUAUUGAAGCACCCUAUAUUGGCUUUGCUUGUACUCACGUUUCCACAGCUUCACCUUUUUUUUUUUUUUUUAGGAACAAAGCGUAGGCUUGACCUUUCAGCUCUUUCAAUCAAAGGCGUAUGGUGAAAGUGACCUGCUCUUUAAAGAUGCCACUCGGCAGCUCAUUCCUACAAGCCACCUGGACUAUGAGACAAUCCUUGGGGAGCCCUUCUUCCAGCUUGCCGAGUCUGUUUUCAACUGCACACCUGCAGGUAAGGUGGGCUUACCUGGAAGGAGACAUAUGGCAGGGUCUAAGUUGUACACCCCACUUGCCCUCUACUGCAUUGUACUUGACAUGCUUAUGAGGGCAAGAAUACUGAUCCCCUUGCUGGAGAGCUUCUACAGGAUCUAGUAAUAGAAUGCAUGAUAUGCAAAAUUGUUGGAGAACUCUCAGGUUAUUGAAUGUCUGACAGACAUUAAGUUGAACUGUGUAAGACCAAUGAAACCUAAUAGAAUCCAUGCCUGCAAAGUUAUUUGAGUAGUCUGGAUGUGCGAUGCACAGGUUAAGUGUCAGCAAGACAGUGCAAAUUAUGCUCAAAUCAGUUGAUGCUAGGCAAUUUCUGAUAAAUGAUAGUUAUUAUCAUCAUCAUUAACUGAAUUCCUUAUCCACCCUUCAUGAGGUUUUUUUUGGGGGGGGAAUUACAGUAUAUAAAAACAUAAUGCAAUUAAAGCACAACAACCCCACAUAACACCCCUGCAAAUUGUAUUUUGCUUGGUUAUUGUAAUGGGUUAGGGUAGGAACCAUAAAGGGCACAGAGCCCCUUGCUUCAACCCAAAGAUAUACAGAUUUCAGACCAUUGUCUGGCUUUGCUAAAAAGAUUUCAGCAGCUGUCCAAACACAUUAUUGCAGCUGUUAAGGGCUGAAAACAUGUUUUACAGAAAGCAAAUUUGAGAUUCUGAGGAAGCUACAUUCUGAGCUUGUUUGACUCUCAGAAAAUCACAGCGGGUGCACACACACACACACACACACACACACACACACACACCCUGCCUAGUGGCAUAACUUAGAUAUAUCCCAUUUUGGUUUUCAGGCAUCCUGGACUUCUGCAAACAAGACACUUGCAUCUAUUCAGAGCAACACUGAUGUUGUUUCUAGGGAACCUCCCAAAACAGAAGUGAGACUGCAGUGGAAGAUUUGAUGCAUUUGCCAGGAAGGCAGAGAAUUGCCAGGAGGCUCUGUGGGCUUCAUCAGUGGCUGGCUGUUUUCCUUAGGAAACAUAUGCAAGGUGGGUUUAGUACACCAGCUAAUACUAGAAUGUCACCCGCGUUGGUAGCCAGCCUCCAGUACCACCAUGCUGGAAGAGCUCUUGAUUUCCCUGCUGCUUAAGUUUUCCUCAGGCUGUAUCUUCAGUUAUUCCAAAACAUACACUUGCCUAGAAACAUUUCACAGCAGCUUACCCUGGAAUGGCUUGCAUAAGAUUUACUUGCAGAUCUACUGAUAUUUUAACAACUAGCCAUGCGUUUCCCAAUCUGAUACUUUCCAGGUCUUGUAAAUCACUGAAAAUUUAAAUAAAGGCAUUGCUAUAAAACAAAGAAAUCCCUUUAACACACGCAUGAAAUGUUAAUUUUUUUAUUUCCAUAAUUUAACAUACGAAGAAAGCAAAAUUUCAAACUCAGACUACUGGAAUUAAAAACAAAAACACCACAUAAUAAUGGCAUGACAGGUACAAAAAUGUGCAAGUUUCCAUUCAGUUUUUAUUAAUGCAAAAGGCUUAAAGAAGCCAUUUCUGAACACUAACCACAAAGCAGUUGGAGACUCAUCAAAGAGCUCUGGGGACAACGUCAGCCAGACCAGCCUGACAAGGAGACAGUCAAAUCUAACCACUGGCAGAGAUGACCCAUGCUCUGUCCCUGGCGAUGUUACCUUGCAAGCCCUAUUUCCUCCUGGCAGCUGCAGAGGGAUUACAUUUUUAUGUACUCCUGAUUUUAUUCAAGCAGACACAGUCCUAACAAGCCACAUUAUUUUAUUACAAAACGAUGUUCCGGUCCCAAAGAGCUUACACCAGAGGCUGCCUUGGCUCUUUCCUGACAGGGAAUUUUCGUUCAAGUGCUCUGGGUAGAAUUUCUUCAAUGAUUGUACUGAAAACUAGGAAAGGAAAAGAAUUCCAGUCCCCACCUUGGAAAGGGCCUUGCCUGAAGGCAGGUUCUUCCUCGGGAACCUAUCCUCCAAACCUCUCUCAUGCGGUAGGGGCAGCUCCAGAGGCCACUUUUCACCAGCCACACUACUGCCACAACCCGUCCACGGGUCCUAUAAGAACAGGGGUUAGAGGAACUUGCAUCCACACAAAACGACGCCUUUAGAAAGAAUCCCAGGUAGGGAAGAAAGCCUCUUUCAAUGCCAACCAUUGUUGGCAUUGCCACAGAUCCCACCACAUUACAGGGAAAUUUCGGCCUCAUUUUCUGGUCAGCUGCAACAAAACAAAGGCAAGAACAGUCCUUGCGUUCCCAUGUUGCAGCCUUACAGAAAUGCAUUCUCAAGAGGAAGCGAACAAAACGGGAAAGAAAACCACACCCACACAAAAGACACCAACAACAGACAAUUCAAAAUUCACAGUGGAGGACAUACUCCUGUUCAGAGUACUGACCCUGCCUGGCACUCAUGGAACAUCAGCUCAACAACGGAAUUGGAAAUCCCCACAUCACAAUCUGUCCUGGUGUGCUGUGUCAUAGAAUCCCACUAUGGGACAAAAAAUGUAUUUUAAAAUGUACUUCUAACGAUGAUUCUAUUCAACACAUCCAAAAUAUCGAGACUAGAGAUGUUCAGGGAUCGCCUACCAUGAUAAAAGUAUUAUUUGCUAGCCAGGAGCGUCCACAGAUUUGCAUGCAGUAGCAAACAUAACGUCAGUCACAUAUGGAACUGGCUACGAUAUCUAGUCCAACCUUCCCCACAGUGGCAGAACUACAACUCCCACCAGC